CUCGAUAAUGUGCUUGAACAGUAUUGCUCUCUGUGUUAUAUUGUCCAUAUGGUGAAUUCGCACAUGCUUCAGGUCAUGUGACGAUGUCUCUGUUGUAUUACCCUCUUGAAACUUGAACCUUUUUUUUUCUUGGUUUGUUUUUUAUUUCCCAAAAUCUCUUUCUCAUAGUUAUCUUUAACUGAUUUAUCCAAUCAAUCAGGUCGGUUUGGAUUCUACAGGGAUACACUACUGUGAAAGCUUCCCUGCAAAUCUGAUGGCAUCUGAGAGUCAAAAAUAGUGUUUCUUUAUUAUGUUCUGCCACACGGAUCUUAAACGUAAAGCAUCCAAAGAUGCAUUAAUUAACGAUAACAUGGGGAUGAGGUCCAUGUGCCUCUGCUGCAACACCUCUUGGGCUAAUCACAUUCUGUUGCUUCCCUAAGUUACUGCUGCUGCUGCAACAUUGAAAGUAACCCAAUCUGCAGUCAUUAAUAUUUAUCAAUACUAUUAUGUAACUUGAUGGCUAUAAAUAGUAUGGUCCGUUCAAUGUUUGUUUUGUGUGAUGAAAGUGAAGAUGGGUCGUCUUCCAUUUACUCUUUGCUUCACCUUUCUGGUUAUGGCCACAGUAGCAUUUGGUGUACCUCCUAAAAAGUCCAUUAAUGUUCCUUUUGGAAGGAACUAUUUCCCCACUUGGGCUUUUGAUCACAUUAAGUAUCUCAAUGGUGGUUCUGAAGUGCAUCUCGUUCUUGACAAGUACACUGGCACUGGCUUUCAGUCCAAAGGUUCAUACUUGUUUGGCCACUUCAGUAUGCACAUAAAGAUGGUUGCUGGGGACUCUGCUGGAACUGUGACCGCCUUCUAUUUGUCAUCACAGAACUCAGAACAUGAUGAGAUAGACUUUGAGUUUCUAGGAAACAGAACUGGCCAGCCUUACAUUUUGCAGACAAACGUGUUCACAGGCGGCAUAGGAAACCGAGAGCAGCGGAUCAACCUCUGGUUUGACCCUUCAAAGGACUACCAUUCCUAUUCAGUUCUCUGGAACAUGUAUCAGAUUGUGUUCUUUGUGGAUGAUGUGCCGAUACGAGUGUUCAAGAAUAGCAAAGACAUUGGGGUGAAGUUUCCAUUUAACCAGCCAAUGAAGAUAUAUUCGAGUCUAUGGAACGCAGACGACUGGGCCACAAGGGGAGGGUUAGAGAAGACCAACUGGGCAAAAGCACCUUUUGUUGCAUCCUACAGAGGCUUCCACGUUGAUGGGUGUGAGGCUUCAGUGAAUGCUAAGUUCUGCGAGACUCAGGGAAAACGUUGGUGGGAUCAGAAAGAGUUCCAGGACUUGGAUGCUAACCAGUACAAGCGUCUCAAAUGGGUUCGUAAGAGAUACACCAUCUACAACUAUUGUACUGACCGCGUCCGUUUUCCCGUGCCUCCUCCUGAGUGCCGCAGAGACCGUGACAUUUAGUACUUCUUUUCUUCAGAUUUGAUCUAGACUUUUUCCAAUGUAUGGCAAAAAUUUCCUACUUUUUAAUGUUUAUUCUUCUUGCAAGUUAUGGGUAACAUCUUCUCGAAUAGCUUGAAAUA